GGAGGACUUGUCUGGAUUUUGGUGGCCUCCUCCAACCUGCCUCUCCCUCUGCUACAAGGAUGGGUCAUGUUUGUGUCUGUGACAGCGUUUUUCUGCUCCCUCCUCUUCCUGGUCAUGUUCCUGUCUGGCAUGGUGACUCAGAUUGAUGUCAACUGGAACUUCCUGGACUUCGUGUACCACUUCACUGUGUUCGUCUUCUACUUUGGAGCCUUUGUAUUGGAAGCAGCGGCCACAUCCCUGCACGACCUGCGGUGUAAUGCAACCGUAGCUGUGCGGCCCCUUCUGGACGAUAACCAGUACAACAUCAACGUGGCGGCCACAAUUUUUGCAUUUGUGACGACAGCUUGUUACGGUUGCAGCUUGAGUCUGGCUUUGCGAAGAUGGCGACCGUAGCACUCCUUCUAAACGAGCUGUCCGCCUUCGGUUUCAUUCACGUCCUUCCUGGCUCAGGCCCUGUGGGACACCACUUCAUCCAGACACAACAGCAUCACAGCGUUUUUUCUUGAUUUUGGUUGUAUUUUGCUCCCCUCCCUCCUCAAUAUAUAUAGAGAAUCUAAGUGCAAGUUUUGGUUCGUUUCAUAGAUGAAAUCUUAAUUUUGCUAUGAUGUUAAACAGAGAGAGGCUCUCAUUCUAAUAGUUUUAAUUCCACAUCUGUUUUUUUAAAUAAUACUCUCCAUAAAUAAGCAGGUAUUCUUCAUAAAGAAGUAUCACAUUCCAUCGGGGUGUUGAGCCACCUGUACCUGAUUUUUCAUAAGUAACUAAACUCCCUUCAACCACAUUCAAAUAGACUUCCACCAACAAAUCUUUUUAAGUUAAACGGAGAUCAGCACUCAUUCUCUAGAAAGCGACAGAUGAUGAACCUCUUCAGCUUUGAAGGCCAGGCAAUCUCUGUGACAGUGACUCAACUCGGCCUUUGUAGCUUGUGAUCAGCCAUAGACAACAACACACACAUACACACAAGCCUGCUGUGACCCAACAUAACUUUACGUAUGAGAACAGGCAGGAGGCUGGAUGUGGGAUAUGGGCCAUAGUUUGCUGACCUCAGAUAUCAAAUCUUAAUUAUAUAUUCUAUAUAUUGAACUGCUCAUGAAGGUGUAAAACUUUCUCAACAAGCCACAUACUCGGUCCUUUCAUUAUGCAAUAAUCACUUUGCCUUGGUGUCAAGUGGACAAAUACUUAGCUUGGGUGGCGCAUUUAGUUUCUCCAGCAACUCCAAAGACAGUCUUUAGUACAAAGAAAAGUAGCUUGUGAAGUUGCUUAGUCUAAGUAAUGGUCUCCUUAGUCUAACUAAUGGUCUCCUUAGUCUAACUAAUGGUCUCCUUACUCAAACUAACGGUCUCCUUAGUCUAACUAAUGAUCUCCUUAGUCUAACUAAUGGUCUCCUUACUCUAACUAAUGGUCUCCUUAGUCUAACUAACGGUCUCUUCCCAAAGGAGCGCAGCUGUCUUCAUUGUUCAGAGAGUGCGACUCACUGCUGAAACUGCUAUCUAGCUCCUCCUAGCUUACAUUGGUCUUAUUUAUGCUUCAGUAUACAGUUGCAUGCACUGUGCAUGGGUCUACAAAUAACCUGUGUGUGGAUAUGUGAAGCUCUUGGAGUGUUACCUUUUUUACUUCUGAUUAUUUUGCAAUACUUUUCCAAGUUAAAUUUGACUAGGGUGUUAAAUAGAGCUUAAGGUUGGAGGUCUCUACAUAGUGUAAUAUUAGCCUAGAUAUCUAUAUUACCUUUGAAUUCCUGAGUGGCAGAUACAUGAAAUUAUUUUUUUUAAAGAACUACUGGCACUUGACAAAAGGUCUCUGAUGGAAGAAUACAGAAAAGGUAUUUUAACCCACCUAGUUUUGGAAAGGUGCCAAGUGGCUUGAGAAGAGAGUGCGAGAUAGUCAGUCCCAGUGCCCUCCAAGCUGUCUGAGUAGGGGGCUGCCUCCUUGCCCCCAGAGGGCUGCCUCGGGAAAAGGGGGCUUUUGCUCACCAUAUUCUUACAGCCCUUGGCUUUUGAGCUUCAAGAAGAUGCCAUGAGUAAGUUGGACUAUCAUACUUCAUGGAACAUAGAACAACCAUGAAUGGUGUGAUCCGCAUAUUGGUUAUCUUCCUCUAGAAAGAGAAUGAUACUAUAUUCUUAUUUGUUAGAGGACUUGAAAGGCAAAAGAUAUCUUUCCAGGUAACCAGAUGAAAUCGGUCUUAGGACUCUAUGCCCCUGCCCUAUCUUUUGUAUAAUAUCCUGCUUCCCUAGUAUUUCUACUGAGCUCCGUACCACACACCAAACCCGUAUUAGGAACUGUAUAGUAUACCAUCAUAAAUGUGCCAUAAUCAUAUAGAAUCUAGUCUAGAUAGAAUUGUUUCCAGCCAGGCUUCAAGAUUUACUUGUGAGGUCUUAUUUGUGUUUCCAAGAUCUAACAGAUCCAUCCAUGCUUGGUGGCAUUAAAUUUUACAUGAUUUAAUUAAAACACAGUGGUGACACUUCUGUAAACAGAUUGCUUCUAGAUCAUUUAGUACUAAGCUUAACACUCAUCUAACUGUGACUCCUCAGACUUGUAGAUUAUAAUUGUAUUCUGGAUUUGUGAGUUGAGUGACAGCACUUGAACAAAACGUAUGGCACUUGAGAGUUGCUUUAUGUAUCAUAGCCAUCGCAUCGAGAACGUGUUGGUUGGUUUUGAAAUCUGGUUACUCCAUGCUGAAAUUUAUUUUGUAAGUGUUAUGACCUUAAUAAAGUACCCAUUUGAUAA